UCAUUUGACUUUCAAUACAGUCUAAGAAAUUGGUAAGGAUAGAUUAGUGUUUAUUGCUUAAACGUGGAUAUAUUGAGCGACAGUGAGAUUUCCGUAACAAUAAGCUUGGUUUGGAGGAUUAAUUUUGUUAAAAAUUUGUCUCAGAGAUGACCCGGCUUGGACGUUUCGGCACAAAAAACGUCGAAAACGCUUGCGUUUUGGUGUUCAGUUACGAUUUCAAAGACGACCCAGGUUGGAUUCGUGAUGGAAACGACGUAGAUUUGCGCAACUUGGAAGAAAGUUUAAUGAACAAAAGAAAAUGCUUGUAUCAGAGUCUCAAGUCUAAAAAUAAGAGGGAUUUGUUUCAGUUGUUGUCCAACCCAAGCGAGAUUUUUCAGCUCUUCAACAUCAAAGAGGCACCGUCAGUGUUGCUGCUCUUUAUUUUGUCACACGGAGAUGAAAAUGGAUUGAUUUAUACGGAUCACAAAGUCGACACAAAGUAUGAGACAUUCACCACCAAAGAAGUUAUCGAUAUGUUAAAAAGCCACAAAGACUUAGAAAAGUGCCUUAAAAUAAUUGUUUUUGGGGUAAAACAUAAAGAAUUUCCAUCUACAUAUUCAAAUAACAAAAAUGCGUGUCAACUGACGAAUUUGCCUGGCGCUGAUAAUUUCAUUCUUAUCUAUCCAACAGUUGAAACAACAAAAGCAAUACGACAUGCCCAGAAUGGAACCUGGCUGGUACAAGAAUUAUGUGGAGCGCUAGACGGGCUCACAAAAGACACACUUAUAGAGGUUUUCUUGACCAAAGUCCAAGAAGGAAUUGCUGAUAAAAUAUUGGAUGAUGGACAAUCUCCCGAGAUCAAAUAUACAGUGCACGAAAAAUUUUGGAUCAGCAGUAUUCGUGAUCAGGAACCAAGCAAAUAUGACGCAAAACAAAGUAAACCAGCCUUAGAUGAAUCUCGAUUGCCGUUUUACAAAUGGGAGUCAAAUGAUACAAAUUGCAAGUCGGUGAGAGGAAAAGUGGCGUACAUUUUAGGAGCAGAAAACCACACAACUGGCGUUGAAAAGGCACUUCGGCAGAGCUUAGAAUUUGACACAAUUCCAGUCCCCAAUCAAAGUCUGGAUAUGUUUUUUAACAAAAUUGAAAAUGGACAACUGCAAACUAAUAUUGGUUGCGUUAUUAUGUGCGUUUUUGCGAGGCUAUACCUUGAUGAACGAAGCGAAAUAUGUGCAUCAAUUGGAGGAAAUGCUAUGAAAAUAGGCGACAUAGUCUACAGUUUCGUCGGUCCAUCAAAUGAAGAGUGGAUUGGACGACCAAAAAUAUUCUUCUUUGUAGAUGAUAUAAUUAAUGAGACAGAUUAUGUUGGGGAUCGAAAGUUUCAUUUAAGGGCCACGAAUCAUAGCGGAUGCUUCGUUUGCAUAUUGAAAAGGAAAGGCUCUGUUGAACAAUUGAUCCAUCUCUUUGAGAAUCCCCUGUUGAGAAACGGAACCUCUAUUCAGGAGCUGGCCCUUGACCUUGUUCGAAAUUUUCCUAAUAACUGUGGUGACAUAAUUCCGCAAAUAGUGUCAACGCUUCCUUUCCUGGUAGAUAUUCCCGUGUGGCCAAUAACAUUUGUUGCACCUAGAUUGACUUUAGCAAUUUCAAAUUGCGUCUCAACAACAGACGCAAAAAAAGAAAUCAAAAAAGAAGAACGUUCAAGUUCCAUGGCACGAGAUAAACCCACGUCGCUUAAAAUGCAUGGGCGUAGUGAGGAAAUUUUGGCUUUUGAAGAAUUGAAACAAAUGAUGCAGCGCCAGUUAUUGGGCUCUGAAAAGCAUGAUUACUGCGUGUGGCUUCUAUCCUCGCUACCUGGUUCAGGAAAGUCAACAAUGCUCCUCGAAAUUGCGAGUUAUCUAAACAGAGACCAGCUCGACAAAAAGGUCUUUACCAUCCAGCUUCAGCAACUUUACGAGUAUUUUCACCAAGAACGAUACCCAAAUAUUGUGAAAAUACUAUCCGCAUCAAAUCAUGUGAACCACGACAUGAAACAAUUGGUUGAAAAAGGGAUAGUGUUUUUGGACGGUUUUGACGAAAUUUGCCCCGAUUACCGAGCUAAAGUGAUGCAGCUGAUUAAAGAUUUGACUGAAAUGCAGAUGCCAUUGGUGAUCGCAACAAGGCCUGAGGAAGCCGAGGCCAUUUUAAUGUCUCUUGAAGGGCUGUCUACAAGGAAAAUAGAAAUAAAACCUCUUGAGAAAGGAGAACAAAUUGAACUUCUCGAGAAAUUAGGAAAGCUUCCAGAGGAAUGUGAAAAAAUAAUUGAAAUCUUCGAAAAUUCUGGAUUUUCAGACAUUCUCAUGAAUCCGUUUCAUUUAACACUAUUAAGUGACGUGAAGCUUGAAUCAUUUCAAGAUAUAUUCGACAUCUAUGAGAUAGUAAUUAAAAAAAAAAUAGAGGAAGCGCUACAAACUGCAAAGGAGAACAGGAACCCCAAAGUAUACGAGAUUGACAAGCGAAUUCGACUCUUGCAGGACCUUUCACUAAGAUUUCUCCUAAAUGACAAGUUAAUUCCUCUGCCAACCGACAUCAAUUUAAUCAACAACACCGGCGUCGCAUCAAUGCAAAUAGAGACAAUACGAUUCGUUCACCAAACCUUUGCUGAAUUCCUCGUUGCUCAACGGUUCAUUCAUGAAAUAAAAAAUGAAUUUAAAUCUUCCAUUCCAAUAUUCCAAAACAUCAACUUAAGACAGAGCCGGAGUUUUGUCGACAGUUGCAUUUCUAGAAAUGCCACUUUCCGAGAUAAUUUGAUGUGUGUUUUAAUCCAAAGCCACAAUUUUGCUGUACAUAGAAUUUUGGGAGAAAAGCUAAACAACAUUCUUUUAGAGUUGAAACCGCAAUUGAAAUCGCUGCUGAAGGAUGAAGUAAACAAGCCGGACGAAAACGGUGAUACACCUCUCAUUCUAGCAGCUAAAAAUUCAAGCACAAAAAUUAUCCAAAUCUUGGUGGAGAAUAACGCUAAUUUGAGUGCAGUGGACAAAGACGGAGAUGACGCUUUGCAUUUAGCGUCCAUCAAUGGAAAAUUAGACAAUGUGCAAUAUUUGCUGGGUUUAAAUGGCUUCAGUGUUGGAAAGAAAGGCAAGAACGGAAAAACUGCUCUUCAUUGGGCUGCUCAAAAAGGUCACAUCGCUGUGGCUAAAUUUUUACUUUCAAAAGGGGCAGACGUCAAUGCACUCAAUAAUGAUAAUGACACGCCUCUCACUUUGGCAGCUCUUUUUUCAAACGAAGAAACAUGUCGAUUUUUGGUAGAUAGCGGCGCUGAUUUGAGUGCGGUGGACAGUGACGGAGACGACGCUUUGCAUUUAGCGAGCCUGAAAGGAAAAUUGGACACUGUCAAGUAUUUGCUGCUGGGUCUAAAUGGCUUCAGCGUAGAGAAGAAAGGCAGAAACGGAAAAACAGCUCUUCAUUGGGCUGCUCAAAAAGGUCACAUCGCUGUGGCUAAAUUUUUACUUUCAAAAGGGGCAGACGUCAAUGCACUCAAUAAUGAUAAUGACACGCCUCUCACUUUGGCAGCUCAUUUUUCAAAUGAAGAAAUGUGUCGAUUUUUGGUGGAUAACGGUGCUGAUUUGAAAGCAGUGGACAGUGACGGAGACGACGCUUUGAAUUUAGCAUGCAUCAGAGGAAAAUUGGACAAUGUCCAGUAUUUUCUGGGUUUAAAUGGCUUCAGCGUAGACAAGAAAGGAAAACAGGGAAAAAGGGCACUUCAUUGGGCUGCUGAAAAAGGUCACUCUGAUGUGGCUAAAUUUCUUCUUUCAAAAGGGGCAGACGUCAAUGUACGCAAUGAUGAUAAUGACACGCCUCUCACUUUGGCAGCUCAUUUUUCAAAUGAAGAAAUAUGUCGAUUUUUGGUGGAUAACGGUGCUGAUUUGAAAGCAGUGGACAGUGACGGAGACGACGCUUUGAAUUUAGCAUGCCUCACUGGAAAAUUGGAAAAUGUCCAGUAUUUUCUGGGAUUAAAUGGCUUCAGCGUAGAGAAGAAAGGGAAACAGGGAAAAACGGCACUUCAUAUGGCUGCUGAAAAAGGUCACUCUGAUGUGGCUAAAUUUCUUCUUUCAAAAGGGGCAGACGUCAAUGUACGCAAUGAUGAUAAUGACACGCCUCUAACUUUGGCAGCUCGUUUUUCAAAUGAAGAAAUGUGUCGAUUUCUGGUGGAUAACGGCGCUGAUUUGAAAGCAGUGGACAAAGACGGAGACGACGCUUUGAAUUUAGCAUGUCUCACUGGAAAAUUGGAAAAUGUCCAGUAUUUUCUGGGAUUAAAUGGCUUCAGCGUAGAGAAGAAAGGGAAAGAGGGAAAAACAGCACUUCAUUGGGCUGCUCAAAAAGGUCACAUCGCUGUGGCUAAAUUUUUACUUUCAAAAGGGGCAGACGUCAAUGCACUCAAUGAUGAUAAUGACACGCCUCUCACUUUGGCAGCUCAUUUUUCAAACGAAGAAACGUGUCGAUUUUUGGUAGAUAGCGGCGCUGAUUUGAGUGCGGUGGACAGUGACGGAGACGACGCAUUGAAUUUAGCGUGCCUCACUGGAAAAUUGGACAAUGUCCAGUAUUUGCUGGGUUUAAAUGGCUUCAGCGUAGAGAAGAAAGGGAAACAGGGAAAAACGGCCCUUCAUUGGGCUGCCCAAAAAGGUCACAUGGCUGUCACUAAAUUUCUACUUUCAAAAGGGGCAGACGUCAAUAUACUCAAUGAUGAUAAUGACACGCCUCUCACUUUGGUAGCUCGUUUUUCAAACGAAGAAAUGUGUCGAUUUUUGGUGCAUCACGGCGCUGAUUUGAGUGCAGUGGACAAAGAUGGAGACGACGCUUUGAGUUUAGCGUGCCUCACUGGAAAAUUGGACAAUGCACAGUAUUUGCUGAGUUUGAAUGGCUUCUUCAGCGUAGGGAAGAAAGGCAAACACGGAAAAACAGCUUUUCAUUUUGCUGCUCAAAAAGGUCACCUUGCAGUGGCUAAAUUUCUUCUUUCAAAAGGGGCAGACGUCAAUGCACUCGAUGUUGAUAAUGACACGCCUCUCACUUUAGCAGCUCGUUUUUCAAACGAAGAAAUGUGUCGAUAUUUGGUGGAUAGUGGCGCUCAUUUAACUGCGGUGGACAAAGACGGAGACGACGCUUUGCAUUUAGCGUCCAUGAAUGGAAAAUUGGACAAUGUCCAGUAUUUGCUGGGUUUAAAUGGCUUCGGCGUAGAGAAGAAAGGGAAACAGGGAAAAACGGCCCUUCAUUGGGCUGCCCAAAAAGGUCACAUCGCUGUCACUAAAUUUCUACUUUCAAAAGGGGCAGACGUCAAUGUACGCAAUGAUGAUAAUGACACGCCUCUAACUUUGGCAGCUCGUUUUUCAAAUGAAGAAAUGUGUCGACUUUUGGUGGAUAGCGGCGCUAAUUUGAGUGCGGUGGACAAUGACGGAAACGACGCUUUGCAUUUAGCGUGCCUCGAUGGAAAAUUGGACAAUGUUCAGUAUUUGGUGGGUUUAAAUGGCUUUAGCGUAGGAAAGAAAGGUAAACAGGGAAAAACGGCUCUUCAUUUGGCUGCUCAAAAUGGUCACAUUGCUUUGGCCGAAUUUCUUCUUUCAAAAGAGGCAGACGUCAACACACGCGACGAUAUUUAUGAAACACCUCUCACUGUAGCCAUUAAAUAUUCGUCCAAAGAAAUGUCACUGUUCUUAGUGAACAAUGGAGCAAGAAAAUCAAUUAUUUUAUAUUUUUAUUUACAUUGUUUUAAAAUAUUAAGCUUAUUAAAUCGUUCGCACUAUUAUUUAAUAUUUUUUUUCAUAACGGUUUCAGUUUGCCUAUUGUUAUUGUUAUUUAUCUUUGUAAAUUGAGACGAAAAUAGUUGAGAGGAGAACAUGCAAUUGUUGGCCAAAUUAUCACCAUCUUUCACUUGGAAUUGAAAUUUUCUUUCAAUAUUAUGUUCAUUUAUAUUUUACAACAUUGAUUGAGGUAUCCAAACCAACGUGCACGGUCUGUCAUGCUAGACUAAAUCUCACCCACGGCCCAUGCUUGUCCGGAGGAUAGUCGGCUCAGUUCGCAGGACUGGUGCGCCGAGCCAAGGAUCCUUCCAUUCGACCCUGACUCUCCGAAGUUCCUUUUUAGCGGUGAAAGGGAGCAUCGAGUAGCCCAGGGGCGCAAGGUCCGUCGCCACCUUCAUAUUUAUUUCUUUUGCUGUAUUUUAAGUAUUUUAUAUUUCCAAUGUUAUUUGAUGAAUAAAAUGACCAGUCCCUUCCUGGCCCCCGACAAGGCAAA